CCGGCGACCCCUUCAUCCAACGAGCAUAUCACCGAGCAAGAGGCGGUUGCUCGCAUGCAAGCACUCGCACCAGCGAGGACAAUGGUGAAUCCCGUCGCAAACGAAAAGUCCCGUAUCGGACGAGAGAUUGGUCUCCAUUUCUCCCACGCUUGAGCCAUCGGCUCAACGUCUUUGCCAGACCAAGACUCUCCGCCGGACAUGUUGUGCCGACUCGAUAUGGUUCUCCCUCGAAAGUGACAUAGUCUAGCCAUAAGACCUGCCCGACGUUGCAGUCGAAGUACGAGGGCUGUCAUCCCUCCCACCAACACAAACCUUGAGCAUAGCCAUGGCCAGCUCUACGAACAACGACACUGCUUCCUCGGGAGACAACAAAGGGGCUCGCCAGCCGCUCUUACUCCCCGGCCCAUCCACCUCUUGGCCCCCCCUUGAUCCCGUCUUCAAGGAGAUGCUGUAUGCGAUGGACGCCAGGGGGCUGGAGAUCAGCGACUUCUGCGACGUGCUGUACAAGGACGAAGAUCGUAUUUCGGCGAUGUUCGUCGGCCAUCUCCAGCCGUCGACGGAGGAAGUCCUCAAGAUUGCGGCACUCUUGGAGCUGCUUGGCGAUCGUCUCAACGCCAAAAUUACUGCGUACUGGCGGAAAGUGAAUGAGACUCUGCCUCGGGCUUAGCUCUUUUUUACGUCCAGCUCAAGAAAGUCGUGGCCCCUCCUCGCCCUGGCGCCUUGUCAUCGUAACGAGGCUCGCCUUUGCGGUCACCCUCAUCCUCGCCCUCAUGAUACGAUUCGUCCCAGUCUUUUCGAUCUUCUCGAUCU